CUUCAUCAAUCAACAAUCUCACUUUCUUAUUUACACAAACAUCUCUAGCUACAUCUUAAUUUCUUAUCUGAAAAUUAACUGAGAUAUAGUAUAUCAUCAAUUCAUCAUCAUGAGUCGAGCAACAACAUUAAGCAAAGGCUGGAUGGUGGCUGCCAGUGUUGGAGCUGUUGAGGCUUUGAAGGAUCAAGUUGGUAUCUGCAGAUGGAAUUAUGCUUUAAGACAAGCUCAUCAGCACCUUAAAAACCGCAUUAGAAAUUUGUCUCAAGCAAAGAAUUUGUCUUCUUCUUCACUUGUUAGCAAAUUCAAAGAUGAGAAGAAGGCAAAACAGGCUGAGGAAUCUUUGAGGACUGUCAUGUAUUUGAGCUGCUGGGGUCCUAAUUGAUUUCUUUUUUAAAAUAAAAUUAUUAGAUUGUAUAGUGAUGAUAGAUUUGAUUUAAUUAUGUAAAAUUUGUAAUACUAUUCAAUGAAGAAAAUUUAUUCUUCACACA